AUGAGCGAGGACAGCAAGAAGCAGCUGGAAGAGAUGCAGAAGCACCUCCUGGCACGGUAUCGUCAUGGUUCAGUGAGCGUGGUCUUCGAUGUGGUGCCACAAGAAGUCUUGGAUGAGACGUUCAAAAACAAAGUGGUGGGUCACAGUCACGGCCUCAUCACCGAAGGACAACAACACGGCGAUGAGCGCGAGCGUGUGACCUAUGGAACCAUUCCUUUGGAUCCACCACCCCUGGUCGCCUGCCAGAAGGGAUGUAAAGGCUUCAAGGACACCUCGCCAAACCAAGACAACUUCUCUGUGACCCACUUCAAGAGUGGCUACACCUUGGUUUGUACUUUUGACGGUCACGGGCCCUUUGGCCACAUUGUGUCCACCCGCACAGUCCAGACCGUGCCCUGGUUCAUGGUGAACGAGUCUGGCUUCGACAAGGAUACCAUCGAUGAAUCCGGUAUCGAGAAGGCGCUGAUCAAUGCGUUUGAGAAGGCGCAGAAAGACGUGGUCGCUCACUCCCUCGAGAACGACUGGGACGUGCAAGCCAGUGGAAGCACAGCGGUCGCGGCACUUUUCAAAGGCAACAAGGUUUGGACCGCGAACGCCGGAGACUCCCGCUGCGCGAUCGGAUCCGAGGCGGAUAAGAAGGUCAUCUUUGAAACCGAAGAUCACAAGCCCCAGAGCGAAAAGGAAAAGGCCCGUAUCGAAUCCAUGGGUGGCGAAGUGCGUUCGCAGACGUAUCCCGACGGAUGGGUCAACCAUCGCAUUUUCAUCAAGGGCAAGGACUACCCCGGUCUUUGUAUGGCCCGAACGUUGGGCGAUCAGUCCGUCAAGGACCACGGUGUGGUGGCCACCCCGGAGGUAGAUAUGAUCCGGGAGAAAAUGAUGAAGAUGAGAAAAACUUGGAGGUGGGAGUGGCGUGUGGAGGAGGUUUGCGAAGCAGAAAGCUCCGCCAGGAGCAAAAAGAGGAUGAAGCAGCAGAAGGAGGCAGAGGCCAAGGAGGCCAAGGAGGCCAAGGCGAGGGAGGUACAGGCAAGGAAAGCGGCAGAGAAGGCUGCAAAGGCAGCAGCCAAAGCCACUGCCAAGGCAAAAGCCAAGGCAAAGCCUAAGGUGCCGCGACAGAUGGGGAUAGCCUCGCCCUGGUCUCCCUGCGAUGAACAAGAACGCGAUUUUCUGGCCAGCUUGACAGUACAGGUCUCCGAGGAUCGUGUGGGGCCCCUCAGUCCGAGGGUGCACAACACCUUCCGCGCAGGAUGUCUUCUUGUUAGAUUUGGCAGGCCAUGGCAGAUCAGAAGAUUAAUUCAUAUCUUCAGCGACAUUGCGGAAGAUGUCCAUACCAAUGAGCCCACUGUGAACAUUGACCACAUGAGCCGAAGACAGCGCGCAGACUUCAAAGACAUUUUGCAACACAUGGUGGAAGAGACACGCACCGAAAGGGCUCGGGCCGAAAGGGAACGCGAAGAAGCUGAGGCAGCAGCAGGAACAGCCACUGAUGAACAAGUGGAAGCAGUUCCGCCAGAUCAAGAAGAUGCAAGCGCUGCAGAGCCCACACGUGAGCCUUUGCCACAUCCGCCAGAGGACGAGCUUUAUCAGAAUGAAGAAGAACUGAAGAAUUUCCUCGAUGAAUGCGUUUGGGAAUUCCUCGACUCGCAGUUCGUGGUGAAAGCCGUCGCGAAGAAAAUUCAAUCUGAUGGGCCUGCAAAGACCUUGGAAAAGCUGCAGCGUGAAGCGAAGAAACGCUGGAAGGCGGAAGAAGGUGAUUACUGCGACGAUAUCACUUCCGUUUUGGUGCAGCUACGUUAA